AUGGCGACAUCCGGCCUGAUCAGGUCUCCAGCCCGAGGCCACCAGCCGUUGCACGCGCCGGCGCUCGCAAAAGGCCUCUGGCACGUCGGUUCCCAAGUUCCGACGUCUGCAAUUGGCAAUUGCCAUGGCCGUCCCGUGCUUGCUGGCCCCCGGCGACGGACCGCGGCCGCGGCCUCGGCGUCCUCGACGGAGAUCCAGAAGGUGAAGGAGUGGCAGGGCGAGAUGGAGUGGUGCCCCGGACCCUGCGGCUCGGUCGUGUUCGCGUGCGACGACUCGGACGACACGGAGGCCGCGGCGGCGUGGACGAUGCGGAACCUCAUCCGACCCGGGGACACGGUUCACUUUGUGCACGUGGUUUCCGACGAUCGGGCGAGUCUAACAGGCUUGGGGGACAGCAAGAGCUGCUCGUACUUUGACUCCAUCGAAGAAGACCUGCAUCUUCAGGACGUCGAACCUGGACACGAGCUGAAUUUGCAAUCUAAAGGCGAGAAGUUGAUAGAGAAACGAUUCGUGAGGCACGCCAAAGAGGCAAACAUUCCAUCACAGGUUCAUGUCCCUGUACUGAAAGGGCCAGAGUCUGCGGCUGAUAUCGGCGGCGUGCUGUGUCGGCUUUCCAAGCAGCUGGGAGCAAGAAUGCUGGUAGUUGUAAGCCCUCAAAGGUCAACGUUCUCCGAUUUUGGGUCCAUUGGCCACCACUGCUACGAACAUGCGGAGAUUCCACUUGCUCUGAUUCCGCCAGCAAACCCUGAGGCGCUGGACAUGAUGACGGGCGAGAUCAUGCUCGUUGCCCAGGAUGACAAUGAAAUGACGGGAUGCCGAAAUUGGGUGAUGAGAAACUUGGAAUCAGCAGAGGCUCAUCUCAAGAUGGUGCAUGUCUGGGAUCCUGCGAAGUCCUCGGGGGCCGUUUUCCCCGCCUGUCGAUUUUCAGAAUAUGAGAUGGCGCCGUUAUCAUGCAAUGAAGAGGGAACUGCCAAGCAACAGGCGACAGAUUACCUGCGUCGGAGGAGCGAAGAGCUGCAUCCCAAGCUCACUGUAAUGUAUUCUCAAGCCCACCAGGGGAUCGUGGAGGCUUUGCUUGAUCCUUCCUUCACCCUCAAGUACUGCUGCUGCACACGGUAUCCUGUUCUGCUGCUGCCCCACUCCAAGCAAAGUGGCACGCAUUUGAAAGAAAAUGCUGAGAUCUUGUCCCGAUGGACUGAUCACUCGUACGACUGCGAAGUUGGCGCGUAG